AUGUUUAUUAUUGUAGCGAUAGUCGCAAUUCUAAUCUAUCGAUUUAUUUCAUACCUUUGGACAUUAAAGUCAACUUAUGAAUAUUUCAAACUUCGGAAUAUUCCCGGUCCGCCACCUCGAUUUUUCUUCGGUCAUUAUCUAACCCUGUGGAAUACGCCGUCUUAUCCAAACCAAAUUCGCGAAUGGACGCAUCAAUACGGAUCGAUCUAUGGUCUUUUCGAAGGUAGACGUCCUAUGUACGUCGUCUCCGAUGUUGACGUUCUACAAGAAGUGUUUAUUAAGCAAUUUUCAUCGUUUCAUUCUCGUCGAACCAAUCUUCUCAUUGAUAUUCUGAAACACAAAGGUGCAAAUCUAUUCACUGCGCACGCGAAUGAAUGGCGACGACAGAGGCAUGUCAUCAAUCCAACGUUUACAACAUUAAAAGUAAAAUCAAUGAUACCAUUGAUAAACAAAUGUAUCGAAUCAAUGAUCGUCAAAGUCAAUGAAAUAAGUGGCAAAGAAUUCAACAUUUACGCACUGUACAAACGAUUAACUAUGGACGUCAUCUGUCACUGUGCCUUUGGUAUUAAUACUGAUAUGCAAAAUGAUGUGAGUAAUAUCUACAUGAAGCAAGCCAUGGCAUGUUUUGCAACCGAUCCGGAGAUGUUUCCUAUCGUGAAACUAUCUAAUGUACUACCGUUUCUCAAUCCUUUAUUAACUCGAAUCAUGCAAAGCGGCAUUUGUCUCAUCAAUGCAUUGUCUAAAUACGUGCCUUCGUUGAUCAGCCCGAUCGAAACGAUACCUAUCUUUUGGUUCAUCGGACAAGUUGAAGUAUUAAUCAAGCAAAGACUAGCAUCGGGAGAGAAAAAAACGGAUUUACUUCAAUUAAUGUUGGACGCUGCAGCACAUGAUGAUGUUAAGAACGAUAAAACCGAUGACUCGAUGUCCAGACAUCUUCAUCACACAGAAGUAGUGAUGAAUGUUUUUCUCUUUAUGAUUGCUGGUUUUGAAACAACAUCCGCUGUUUUAGCCUAUUCAACUUAUGUGCUAGCUACGCAUUCCGAUAUUCAAACGAAAUUACGAACGGAGAUCAAUGAGUCUUGGAAAGAAGAUGAUGACGAAUUGAAUUAUGAAAUCAUAUCGGAUAUGACAUAUAUGGAUUAUUUCGUUCGGGAAGUUCUACGCAUGUAUCGAAUAUCAGGUCAGAACAGCACUCGAUUAUGUAAUGCGACAACGACUGUUUGUAAUCAUCAAAUCGAUAAGGGAUGUGUCAUUCUCGUAGAUGUUUACACUGUUCAUUACAGUGCGGAGCUUUGGGGUCCAGAUGAUCCAAAUUUGUUCAUUCCAGAACGUCAUGCAGUCAAACGUCAUCCGGUUGCGUUUAUGGGAUUUGGUAUUGGACCGCGCAAUUGUGUAGGAAUGCGGUUUGCUUUGAUGGAAUUGAAAAUGUGUUUAGCGCGUCUAUUACGCACGUAUGAUAUCCUUCCUGGUGAAAAGAUCGAAAAAGGUAUGACCCAUCGGAAACCGUCCAUUCUUAGACCAGAAGCUAUCUAUGUACAGUUACACAGACGAUCGAUGUGA